AUGUUUUCACAGGCUGUCAAAUGCUUGUACGGUACUACUUCUUGUAGACGCAUACCGACCCCCACCACACCACACCACACCACACCGCACUGGCCUUUCUCUUCUUGCGGGACGCUCCAAAAACAAAAGGCAAAUAUUUGUUUAUCAUCUCUUUCGCCGAUUGAAAAUCGUGGGUUUUGUUCGCAUUUUGCUGAAAUUUAUACCCUAAAUUUAUUGCUGCAAGAGCUCCUUUUUCUCCGUCUUAUUGCUGUUGAAAUUAGUUUGAAUCAGAAGCUGAUCCGUGCGUACGUGUAUGUGUCCAUGGCGAUUCCAGCCGCUGUUGUUAUUCUGCCUCUGGGCGUGCUUUUCUUUUCCUCUGGGCUUGUCGUUAAUUUAAUCCAGGCAGUGUGCUACGUGUUAUUAAGGCCCUUGUCAAAGAAUUUUUAUAGGAGGAUAAACCGGGUGGUGGCAGAACUUCUAUGGCUCGAGCUUGUGUGGCUCAUCGACUGGUGGGCUGGUGUCAAGAUUAAAGUGUACACAGACUCUGAGACUUAUAAACUGAUGGGUAGAGAGCAUGCACUUGUCAUAUCUAACCACAGAAGUGAUAUCGAUUGGCUCGUUGGAUGGGUUUUGGCGCAGCGUUCAGGCUGCCUCGGUAGCACUUUAGCUGUUAUGAAGAAAUCAUCGAAGCUCCUUCCUGUCAUAGGAUGGUCAAUGUGGUUCUCUGAGUAUCUCUUUCUUGAAAGAAGCUGGGCAAAGGAUGAAAGCACCUUAAAGUUGGGACUUCAAAGACUUAGGGAUUUCCCUCGACCAUUUUGGUUGGCACUUUUUGUCGAGGGUACUCGCUUCACUCAGGCAAAACUUUUAGCUGCUCAAGAAUAUGCAUCCUCAGCUGGGUUACCUGUUCCCAAAAAUGUUUUGAUUCCACGAACUAAGGGCUUUGUUACAGCAGUAAGUCAUAUGCGCUCAUUUGUUCCGGCCAUUUAUGAUGUGACCGUUGCUAUUCCAAAAGCAUCUCCACCACCAACCAUGCUAAGACUCUUCAAAGGACAAUCUUCUGUGGUUCAUGUUCACCUCAAGAGACACUUGAUGAAGGACUUGCCAGAAACGGACGAUGCAGUUGCUCAAUGGUGUAGAGAUGUAUUUGUGGCCAAGGACAAGCUAUUGGACAAGCAUAUAGCUGAGGAUUCUUUCGGUGAACAACUGCAAAACACUGGACGCCCAGUGAAAUCCCUUUUGGUUGUCAUUUCCUGGUCGGCUUUACUAAUCUUGGGUGCCCUCCGAGUUUUCCAGUGGUCCUCACUGUUCUCUUCAUGGAAAGGCAUCUCGUUUUCGGUCAUAGCUUUAGCAGUCAUCACUUUUCUUAUGCAAAUCCUGAUCCAAUUCUCUCAGUCCGAACGGUCGAAUCCUGCCAAGGUGGCACCAGCUAAGCCCAAGAGUGGGGUCGAAACACAAGAUAAACAGCAGUAAAACCCGUUUGGCCUUUGUCUGACCAAUUCGAGUCCCCCCUUUUUUCCCAGGCCAUAUAUACGUUUAUUGUUCAUGUGAUUAAUCGGUUUGGUUAUCUCUGUAGACUGUAAUAUUGUAACACUGAAAUUUGAUUCGUGCUCGAUUUUUGCACGGGCCCGCAUGCAAUGUGAUUAUUAAUCCAUUAUUAGCCGUGUCGAUGACUUGUGGGGGUUUUACUUCAGGUUUAGCUUGAAUUCUGUGUUAUGGACUCUUUUUACAUUGGGAAUUGUAGGAACAAAGCUACUGAAAUUUUGUAUUGCACAUGAAGUGGUCUUUAUGUUCAUUUCCUUUCUGCUUUUAUUGAAGUUGUGACAUAUUGAAAAGCUUGUUUAGUGGUCUGUUUU